AUCGGCAACGUGCUCAUGACGUCAAUGGCGGGCAGUGACGUCAUCAUCGGCACGUUCGUCAUGCCCCUUUCUAUUUCGGAGAUGGCCGGAAACGGGGAGUGGCAGCUGGGGCCAGUCACGUGUGCGCUGAGGGUGGUUAUGGAUAUCGUGUGCUGCACGCUGUCCAUCUAUCACGUGGUGGCCAUGGCGGUGGACAGAUACCUCGCCGUGUGUCGGCCUUGGGUGUACCGGUCCUUGACCCCUCGAACCGCCUACGUCAUUAUCCUCGUCUGCUGGAUGAUCCCGCUUCUUCUCGUUAGCGUCCCCAUUUUAGCCGGCGUCCAUCAUGCGGCCAGCGAUCACGUGAUGCGGUGCGCUCUCAUGAAGGGCGUUUGCGUUCACAGCUUCUCGAGCACCUUCUUACUUCUGAGUUUCUCCGUCUCCUUCUACAUCCCGAUCACCGCGACCCUGGCGCUCUACUUUGUGAUCGCGCGGAAGAUUUUCAGACGCGGCGCAGCGGUGGUUAGGAGCUGCAGCAACAGGAUUCAACCAGGAACUCCCAGCGAAGCAACGUCAUGCGCUACCCCGGUCCUUACCGUUGAUACCGUCACCUGGGAUGGAGUCCAAGAGCAGUCUGCGGCUUUGACGUGUGCUUCUGCUCGGUACUUAUCGCUACAUUGUAAUGGUCUAGCUCCACGUGCUGCUGUAAAUCAAUCCAAAACUGACGGUCUUUGCGAGGCAGACAAAAGGUGGCUUGGUGAAUCAGAAGGUUUUCGCGACCCUAACAGCGGAAUACCCGAUGAAAUAAACGGUAAAGCUGAGAGACCGGCGCUACCCGUUUGGAACACACAUCGUGAUGCGCUGAGGAGGGGCCUCCGUUCAUUCCGGUCGAGACGACGUCAAGCGUUGCCCUCGGGGAACAAACCUUUCUCGGCUUUGAAAAAGCUUAAAUCCGCCCGAACCAUAGGGCUGGUGGUGAUCUGUUUCGUGGUCAGCUGGCUUCCGUUCAGCGUCAUAACACCCCUGGGUUACUUUCGGUCAGCCUCGUUUUCAUCCUGGUCCAUGAGGCUGGUGUCCUGGAUGGGGUACAUGAACUCGGCUUGGAACCCGCUACUGUUU